AUGAGCAGUGCCAGGAAAUCCCCUGGACGUAAGCGACGCAGGCUGUUCAAAAGUCUGGAGAUCCCCGACAACAAGAUUUAUGACGGGCUACACGAGGCCGCUGUGCGACGCGCGCAGUCUGCGGCAUCCGACGCAAGCGGUCCAGAAACUCGGAGUUUGCGAGCGCGAUCUCGAUCCGUCGACUAUUCUGAACCGUACGUUGACGACAGUGGCAUUGUGGAGGAAUCCGAUAAACCUGGCGAGAAGCUCGUCUUGAAAAUCAAGUACAACGGAGACGGCGAAGUCAUCCAGAUGAAAAACUCACAGAAGGGCGUUUAUAAGGUAGGAGAAGAAGAGCUCGAGCUUCCUUUUCGGGGACUUUUCUCGUUCGAGGAUGCAAACACCUACCACACGCGGCCGACUAUGGAAUUCAGAGCUUUGUUUGCCAAAAUGAAAACCGAAAGCGAAAGCUCCAGACAUCUGCACGGAGACUUAUCUUUGGUGAAAAAACUCACUAGCGAGGAAAAGCUGGCUCAGCAGGACUACGAGCUGCAGACUUCGACGGUCUCCAAAUUACGCUGCGUGCACUUCCGAAACUACGAGCUAGACACCUGGUUCAAGUCGCCGUAUCCGCAGCAGUACUCGUCCAACUACGUGUUGCAUCUGUGCGAGUAUUGCCUCAAGUAUUUUUCGUCCUCCUUUUCGCUGCGACGGCACGAGAAAAAAUGCCCCUACUCGCAACGGCCGCCGGGAACGGAAAUCUACCGCACGUCGCGCUUAGCCAUGUUCGAAAUAGACGGCCGCAAAAACGUGGUAUACUGCCAGAACUUGUGUCUGUUUGCCAAACUCUUCCUCAACUCGAAAACGCUCUAUUACGAUGUUGAGCCAUUUGUGUUUUAUGUUUUGUGCGAAAUUGACGAGAACGGGUACCACUUUGUGGGCUAUUUCUCCAAAGAGAAGCUAAACGGAACCAACUACAACCUGAGCUGCAUUUUGACUCUGCCCAUCUAUCAGAGAAAAGGUUACGGGAAUUUUCUUAUAGAUUUUAGUUAUCUCCUAUCUCGCAGAGAGUUCAGGCUUGGCACCCCGGAGAAACCGCUCAGCGAUUUGGGACUCUUUAGCUAUCGGAACUACUGGAAAAUAGCCGUCGCGAAAGCUCUCAACUUGCUUGUGAAAGCUGGCAAGGCACACCAAAUCUCGGUGGACGACAUUUGCAACCUGACGGGAAUGAUCCACAAUGACGUCAUAGUCGGGCUCGAGCAGCUCAAUGCCCUGGUCAGAGAUCCUGAAACGGAAAAAUACGGUAUCUGGAUAGACAUGGAGCUUGUCAACAGGGUGCUCACUGAGUGGAAAGAGAAAAAUUACGUGCAGAUCAUACCAGAGCUGUUAUUGUGGAAGCCGGUGAUACUGGGGCCGUCCGGAGGAAUCAACACUACAUCCACUAUGGUCCUUACUACCGACCGCGAGAACGACGAGAAGGCCUCUAUGUCGAACAUUUCGCUAAUCGUCAACUUUCUGCGCGACGACCUCGAGGAUAAUCGCGACUUGGAGAUGCAGACACUGGAUAAGAUAAAGUCCGAAAAACUGGAGUUCAAUUUUGACAGAUCUGUGGUCUGCUAUCCGGGGAGGAGCUUUACCAGGUCUGAGCCCGUGAGCCCCGAACGGGCUCCCAAGUCCGAGCCAGCAGACCCGGACCCUUAUGGAAUUGACGUUGCGCAAAGCUCAUCCGAUGACGAAUUUGUUGAUAACGCAAGUGACUCAUCUGUCUGA